AUUUUCCAAUUAUAUUUUUAAAAUUUUUAAGACCUAGUUUAAAACCAUUACCAAACUAAACGACCGGUGAACCCAUCUGUUAGCUGGUUUGAUUUGUAUAACCUAGCAGGUUUGAAUUUGGUGGCCAAAGCAUUAUAAUCGCGGUUUCCACUCACUCUCUCUCUCUCUCUCUCUCUCUCUCCACCCAAAGCACAACUCACCACCACUACGCCACCGCCGAUGCUACAAUGGGAGGACCACCAGCUGUCAUAGAAUCACAAUGCAGGAGGAUUUCCCAGCAUCGCCACCCACAUGGGGACGUGCUGGACAUGUUUGUUCCCCGCAUUGCCAUGAACGUCUAUUAUGGGCCCAAGCAUGUUACGAACGGUUGCAGUAUCAAGCCUUCAAUAGCCAUGAAUCCUCCUAGGGUCACAAUCACUGGCCAUUCCCCUGACCUCUACACCUUGGUAAUGACGGAUCCUGAUGCACCAAGUCCCAGUGAACCCGCCAUGCGUGAGUGGGUACAUUGGAUCGUCUCUGACAUCCCCGGCGGUAGCAACCCUACUCGAGGAAAUGAAAUCCUGCCAUACAUGGCGCCAAGCCCACCGAUUGGAAUUCAUCGUUACAUCAUGGUCCUGUUCCAACAGAAGACACCACUUGGACUGUUGGAGCAGCCCAUGUCCAGGGCAAACUUCAAUACCCGAGCAUUUGCGCACGAGCUGGGCUUAGGCAUGCCGGUGGCAACUGUGUAUUUUAAUGCACAGAAGGAACCAGUGAGCCGAAAGCACGCGCAUUGAGGUGGCAACAUGUGGAAGUCAUUGUAGAGCGGUUAAAUAAAUGAGUUUAAUGGGAGUGAGAGACCUAUCAGUAGUUGUUUGGUUUGGUUUUCGGGUAUUUUAGUUACUUAACUAUGUUCAAGCAGUACUUGUUUUUCAAGGGUCUGUCUUGUUGUUUGGUCUUUGGUUGGUUUGUUUCUUUGCUAUGGUUUUAAUGUGUCUUCUAAUAAAACUGUUUUUGUAAGUGACAUAUUUUGAUGAUUUGAUAGCUUAAUGCUUUUGAAUAUACUACAAGCAUAGGGACA